AUGUGUUUUAAACAUUAUAUUUGUGUAACCAUACUUACUCUUUCUACUAUAAAUGUCGAUUCUACAUUUUCACCUUCUAGAUAUAAACGAAACGCUAUAGGACUUUCUAGAUACAGCGAUAGUGUAAAUGGAAAGAACAUCGAAAUAACUCCAAAUGACGACUGGAAUUACGAUGAUCCACGUAAUUAUUACAAAAGACCGUACGACAAUGGACAGGAUUAUGGAGAACCAAAUGAAAGACUGCCAAUUGACGAAAUCCUAAACAUAUUAAAUCUUGGUGCUCAAGGGAGAAAGAACACACCACAGUUACCUCAUCAAUAUGAAAAACCAAAUCAUCAGCCCCGCCGGCAAUACAAUCACCGUCAUAUUCAUCAUCAUAUCCAUUAUACUCUUUCGGAUCUACUAAAAUUAAAACAAUAUUUUGAAGGAGGGAAUCCUAACAAUGCCAAUCCCAACUUGUGGAACUUCUCCGACACCGAAACAAAAGACAAGACCCCAGAAAAUGGACCUACGGGUGAUGAAGUGAUAUUCGGUGAAGAGGCUUGCCCAACAGGAUAUUCUAGGGUUUCGAAAAAGUGUGUUCGUAAUAAUUAG